CAGGUUACUCUCUGUGGAUUGGUCAGGGAUGAGCAGAGGGAAGGGGGUAAAUUGUUAUAUAAAAACCCUCAAUCACCUACGCAGCACCUCUCAGAUAAUCAUAGCUCCCUCUCUGAUCCAGUACUGCCUUUCAACAAUUCUGACAUGUCUGCUGAAGAGAAGACGCCCGAGUCCUGGCCUCCCAGGGUGCAAAUAAAGAGCCCACCGUAUCCAUUCCCGACCGCUCUGGACUUCCCCCCGCCACCCUCUCCAUCUGGCCGCAGGCUGCUAAUAAUGACCGUGGGGGCAGUGGCCGCUCUGGCUAUCAGCGUGCUGGGAGUACUGCUGGCCACGUACUUGGGAAAAGCUGCAUGCACACAGAGAGACACGUCUGGUUAUCUGCCAGCCCAACUCAACGUCCAGAAUGAGGCAUCGCUGCUCCUGGCACUCAGUGAUCUCACCGAGCAGGGUUCCACACCGGGCAUCACAUGUGACCUUAAAAAUCACCUGAUGGUUUAUCACGGCCAACCUGAAGGAUGUGUAGCAAGGCGAAUGGAUGCUACAGAGAUGUUGCCUUCCUGCCAAGACUUGGAGAGUUACUUCCAGGCAGUGCUGAGAAACGUAACCCUGGGCCUGUCACUGGACGUGCAGGUUGCUGCUGCUGGGACAUUAGGAAGCCUGGUGACCCUGCUUUGCAACAACAAACCAACAUACUUACUCACUGCGUUCACACCUCCUGCUCGGGGACGAAUUAGCCUCGCUGCCUGAAAUUCACCAGAAGCCAGUCUCCAGCGUCACCAGAUUCUGAACACUUCUACCGACACUUCAUCUAAAUCUGUAUAUAACAAACUGUGGAGAACUUAGAGAAACGCAAAACACAGUGUACGAUUAACAUAAAGACACGAACUGCCUGUCUAAACAAGAAAAUCAAAGCAGGUUCCCAGCAUCAGAAAUCACAGCCAG